AUGCCCAAAAAACACCCCACACCCAAAACCAAAACCAAAACCACCCCACCCAACAACACCACCCUCACCAAACCAACAACCACAAACGCAACCUCUCAAAUCCCCUGGCCCCCGCUCACUUCCCCCAAAACCCUUCCUUAUCUGCAAGAACCACCUACCCUCACCCCCCUCAUCCCCAACCAAGCCUACCUCAUCCGGGACUUCUUCCCUCCACCCCUCUGCAAGACCUACACCUCCUUCCUCGCCUCCCUCCCACUGACCACUACGCCGAACAAACCCAAGCGCGGCGAUGCCGUGCGCGUCAACGACCGCUUCCAGGUGCAGGACGAGGCGUUCGCGGGGCGGUUGUGGGAGACGACGGCGCUGAAGCGGUGUGUGACGCGGCGACGGAAUCCCGUAGAGGAGAGGUUGUAUUCCUCCUCCUACGGUGAGGCAGAAGAGGAAGAAGAAGAAGGGGAAGAAGUGGGAGGGAAGAGGGCUGCUGCUGCUGCUGCUGUAUUUGACGAUGAGGAGGAACUUAACCCGGUAAAGGUCUGGGGUGGGGAGCCCUUGGGCUUGAAUGGGAAUAUUCGCAUUUAUCGGUACACGAAGGGGCAGUUUUUUGAUAAGCAUUACGACGACUCAAAUACUCUUACUUUCAACUCGCCAGGGCAACCGGCGCGGCCGGCGCGCACGACUUGGACGCUCCUCAUCUACUUGACGGCGUGUGAGGGUGGAGAGACCAUCUUCUACCCGGAGCCCACGCGGAAGGACCGCAAUCCCCGACCCGUCUCGGUCAGCCCCGAGCCGGGGAUGGCGCUGCUGCAUCGACACGGGGAGCAUUGCAUGUUGCAUGAGGGAGCAGAGGUUCUGAGCGGAGAGAAGUGGGUGCUGCGGAGUGACUUGGUUGUUGCGCGAUGA